AUGGAAAUUGCAUGCUUUUAUCAUGUGCCCAUGUUGAGUAUGGAGAAGGAAAUGAUCAGGCAAUGGGAGCUUCAGAUGGAAUGGUGGGACGAUUUUUGCUUGUUUUUGAAUCGGAAGCCAGCACUCGUGGAGACGGUCAUGAAAAUUAAUAUCAAAGCCGAUUUAAGGCCUACCGUCAAGUAUAAUACGCUCAUGAUGAUCUACAAGUAUAUGAAGAUGAGUAAGGAAACUGAUAAUUUAGUAUUGCUCACUCUCGUAUGCAUUCGGAUACAGGUCAAACGAGUAGAGGCCUUCACCAUUGCACCCAAAUCCAUACUCGAUAUUGUUCGCCAUCGUCAAAAAUCAGCAGCCAAUCUUACCGAAAAAGAUGUCAAUGAUUUAGAGAUUCACAUAUUAGAGACACUCAAUUUUGAAAUCAAUUUUGUGUCAGUAUUCGAAUUUGUGGAAUUGUACUCGGCUUGUUUUUGGAACUUGGCAUCUGAACGACUAAAUUUGGAGAGUAAAAUUUUCAUGAAAACAGCAGAACAAGUGUGUGAUGUGUUGUAUUUGAGUGCAUCCUAUUUGAUGAAGCAAAAAGAUCCUAAAUUAUUGAGUUGUGCCAUCAUUGCGUGUGCUUCUGAAGUGAAAUGUGGAAAGAAAUUAGCUGCUUUAAAUUGUUGGUGUAAGUAUUGGGAAAGGAAGAUUAUUUCUGUGAUUGAGUGA